UCUGGAGAGGACUAGAGGUGCCUUAGGACGCCUGCCGUGCAGCUGCUGGGGAGUCAGCAGGAGACACUGGGAUGGCUGAGGAAGUCCGCAAGGUCCCCUUGAAGCCCAUCCUUGCCUGGGAGGAGACGAGACCUCCUCCAGGGAAGAGUCCACAGAAGAGGCCACAGCAGCAGCAGGAGCUGUGUGUGCCUCAGCCCUUCCAUGCUGAUUCACCAUCACAGGGGAAUGCCUCCUGCUUUAUGGGGCCAGACUCGCAGGAGAAAGAGAGCCUAGACUACAUCAACGCCUUUCUCAACGGCAAUGAACAGGAGGAGGCCAAGAAACUUGAAUUCUUGGAUCGUGUCAUCACCAUCAGCAGGGCCGCCCUCACAAGGCACCCAGACAGAAACCUGUCAGCUUUUCUUGGCAAAGCCCUCCUUGUGGAGAAGAUAAAGGAGCUGAUUGAUCUUGAGUCCGUCGACUCCCUGACCAGCGGGGUGCGUCAGCAAGCGAUGCUCGCCAUCAUGGAGCUGAGCAAAGUGAAGCCACUGCUGCGGGGAAUGGAGCUAUCCAGCCUGCUCACCGUCUGCUUCUCCAGCGUCUUCUCCCUGCCUCCAGCAGAGACCAACCAGGGCGUGGAGGCUGCUCUAUACAACAACACUCUGAACACCAUGGAUGAGCUGCUGAAGGCCUUGGUGUAUGAGGAUGAGAAGCCCAACCUUCUGGUGCUGCAGGACAUCGUGGAGGUCCUGCUCCCCUGGACCGCAUCCAAGGAGGUGCAUGUGCGGCUGAGGGCAGUGGGAAGAAUCACCUGGCUGACCAAAUUCAUCUCCGGUCAACACCAAUUCAAGGGACUGGAGGAGUUCAGAGUCCUGGGCCAGCUGGUGGGCUGUCUCACUCUGCGCUGUGCUGAGCAGGAGCAGGAGAUCUGCCGAUCGGCUAUGGAGGGACUUCACCACCUCUACGCCUUCCUGCUGUGGCAAAAACGCACCACGCUGGCAAAGCAGAGUGCAGAGUAUCUGCAGGUCUUCAGGGAGUGGCGAGCGGAGAACACCUUCUGGGUCACCUGGUUCACCAACACCAGCAAUAUCGCCAUGAUGUUUGGGAAGUACUUCAACCCAUCCGAGCGCAUGGACUUCCUCCUCACUGCUAUCGAGGGCAUGAGAGACACCAGCGUCCAUGACUCGGUGGCGGCCAGGCACAUGCUGCAUGUGAUCCUGUGGGUCCCCAGCCCAAGCUUGGAGAGGGUGUCGGAGGCUGUGACAAGCAUGUACCACAACCUGGACUCCAUCAGCGAGCCGCUGGCCCAGCAGCAGCUGCUCAAGGCCCUUGUCGUGCUGGGCCACCAGUACAGCGAGGAGGUGGUCACAACCCUGCUGGGCUGCUCGCUGUCAUGUGACAGCGUUGCUGUGGAGAUGUGGAGGGUGCUGACAUCCCACCCCAAGACCGCAGGAAAGGUCCUACGGGAGCUGCUCAACAGGCUGCAGGAAUGGCCGCUGCCCCAGCAUCACGACGUCUCUCAGGAAGAGGCUGGCGUCGCCCCCUUGGCCGUAAGUUCCAGCCCCUGCAGCAAGGGAAGGAGCGCCAUGUGUCCCCUCCACGGCCUGAGGGUAGGGAAACUCCAGCAUCAACUGCCAGUCGUCGUGGAGCAGCUACACGAGGCAGACAGGGACGUCAUCUCCAAUGCCAUCACGGUGCUGAGAGACAUCCUCGCCGGCAUGGACAGGCAGAGUGCCAGCCCCGUGGCUGUGCAAGUGGCUGAGAAACUCCUGCCGUUCUUUCAUGAUGAGUCCAGCAAACUCCGGGUGCUCUCCAUCGCCCUCUUUAAACACCUGCUGGAGCUUGUAAGGGGGCCCAGCAGGAGGAAGAUGAAGGAGCACGUCCUCCGGAGCCUGGUCCCGCUGCUCCUCCUCCUGCACGAUGAGCGUCCCAAUGUGUCCCAGGUGUGUUGGGACACCCUCAGGAGUGCGGUGGAAUUCCUAAGGUGGAGCCAGCUCAGUGCUCUCGUCCAGAAGAAGGAUCUUUGGCGAGGCUGUGACUGCCUGGUGGCAUGCUACAAGGGGAGGGCAGAAACCUUCCUCUGCCAGGCCAUGGCCUUUCUGGAAGACCCACAGGAUCCCAUUAGAGAAGCGGCCAUCAGGUUUCUAGGGCUCACUGCCCGGCAGCUGGACCAGCAGAGCCAGAGAAGACUGGGACCCAUUGUGGGACUCGCCAUCAUGGCCGGCCUGGCUCUGGCAUUGCUGGGCUGUUUUCUCAUGAAGACAGUUGUGUCGCCCUGCAGGACUCACAGGUAG